CAUGACAACAUGGUUAGUCGAUCAAAGAGACUGUCACGCUUUCUCAGGACGUGAUUGAAGUAAAUUUUCCGAUUGCAAAAAAAAUGGUAUGAUCUUCGAAGAUAGCCUUGUUAAAGUAACUAAUGAACCUGUUUGAGAGUCGUUUUCAGUAUUCAGAUUUAAUAUUAACUGGUUGCUCAGUUGUUUAUUUGAUAUAACCAGCUGUUCGUGAUUAGCAUAUUACGUACAAUUAAAUAUUCAAUACAACAAUCAAUUACACCACUGAAAAACCGAAACGUUUUAUUCGUCAGACGUGUCUACAUUAACUAAAGCAGUUUUCAUUUUUCAUCAUUUUUAAAUGAUACAAAAUGCCCGAAAGAUCGCUGAAGAAUUGGUUUAAGCUCGCCUUUCACUUGUUUGUGAGUGACCAGUGGGAGAAAGUCGAAGAAAUCGUGCAGGAUAAUGAUUCCACGUACAGAUGGCUGAAGGAGCAGAUCCUACGCGAGGUAUGCAAAAUUGAGGAAAACUCUUUCCGGAGUUUUCUCGGCUCCGCAGCGCUGAAUAUCCGCGACAGGUUGAUCACCAUAAAACACGUGAAUCCAGGCGAAGAAAUUUUCAGCAAAGUCAAAUUUUGGCUGAACCAGCAGACGGGAAAAUUUGUCUUAGAAGACAGUAACAACGCGACGGAAGACAGAGUGAUAGGAUGCAAGAUCGCUUUGCUCGAGGCUUCGUUCAUCUACCUCGAUGAGAGCGAGAUGGUCGCGAAUUUCUUUCGCCAUUUGCUGAAUAAGCUGCGAGGUAUCGCCGGGGUUAAUUCAGCCAUUGAAGAGAAAAACAACCCUACAAUUUUGGCCCAGGUCAAAGUCAUUGACGAUGCAGCGAAGGAGUACGUAAGAAGUAUUGGGCAAGAACUUGGGGAUUGGCCCGUAUUUGAUAUCUCCGCCGAGGCCCUGCCGAGCGAGAAACCCGAUUACGAGCCCCCAGCGAUUUGGUGCUUCGGUGAUUAUGGCAUGGCUGAUGGUCAGAUGUGCUACCCAGAGAAAGUAGCCAUUGAUAAAGAGGGGCAGUUCCUUGUGUUGGAAGAGCACACGAUCGGAAUGGGAGGCGUAGUGACCAUCCAACGUAUCCAGCUCUUUAGCGCUAAAGGAAAAUUUUUGAAAUGCCUAUUGAAGCGAGGCGAAGGAAAGGUCAAUGGUAUGACAGAUUUCUGUCUCACCAAAGACGGAAACAUUCUUGUCGCAGACGAAGACGAAAACGGCCACGGAAGGAUUCAGAUAUUCGAUUACGAAGGCAACAGGCUUGUGCAAAUCAUUCCGGAGGUCCAUGACCCAGAAGUUUAUCCCCACUUCGCGAGCGUUGCUAUUGAUUCCAAUGGUAACAUUAUUGCUGGUGAUUCCUCAAGCUAUAGGAUCUACAUCCUGAGCGCUACUGAAGGAAAGACACUCUGCAAGUUUGGAAAGUUUGGUCGUGAAGAAGGCGAAUUCCAGGCCAUCAAUCAUGUCAGCUGUGACGAUUCCGGUAAGAUCUACGUGUCCGAUUCAGCGCUGCACAGAAUCCAAGUUUUCAGUGGUGCCGGUGACUACCUGAGUUUAUUUGGUCCAAAGGGUACUCACUUGCGCUUCUUGCUGUUUGAUGCUGCGAGGGGCGAGGUGUAUGGCUCGGAUUACAGAAAUCACAAGGUGAAAGUAUUCUCCAUGGCUGGGGAGCCGCAGAGAGAGCAUGGGAAAUAUGGCACCGCCCUGCACGAGUGUUGGUUCCCGUUAGGACUGGCCCUGAUGCCUGAUGGGAGGAUCGCGAUAGCCGAGAGAGAGAACCACAGGAUCACAGUGUUAAAAAUUUAAGAUGACGGUUGAAAAGUUGAUGGUGGGAUGUUUAAGGAAGAAGAGGGAGGAGAAAAGAAACAUUUUAUUCAGUGAAAAAAAUGAUUAGAAUCAUCCUCAUUUUUUUACUAGGUCUUUCUCAGAGACAGGCUAAAUAGUUAGCAAAAUAUAUUGAGGAAUUGAGUAGUCUAAUUUCUCGUUUGUACUGGUUUAAAAAAUACACUCAUCUGAUUAAACUGGUGUUAAAUUGGUGGAA